AUGGAGGAAAAUGAUACAAUCAACAAUUUCACAACGAGAAUCACUCGGUUUGUGAAUAAAGUGAAGGCAUGCAGAGAAAAUGUUAUGGAGCAAUAUGUUGUCACUAAAAUCUUGUGUUCUUUAACACCAAUAUUUGGCAAUAUAGUUGUGGCGAUUGAGGAGUCGAAGGAUCUUGCGCCGAUGAGCAAAGAGGAGCUACAAAGAAGAAAGGAUUGGUUUAUCAAAAUCAAUCGUGCCAUGAAGAACAAAGUAAAGUUAGCGAAUGACACCAUUCUAAUGGCCGAUGGGAUCAGUGAUGUUUUAAUCAUGAGAAGGGAUGGUGGAAAUUCCUUGAUCAAAUAUAUAUUGUACAUUCAAGGAAUCAAAUGUAACCUUCUAAGUAUUGGCCAAUUGCUUGAGAAGGGUUACAAGAUUCACAUGGAAAAUAAGGGAUUGCGUGUUAUGGAUGCAAAUGGAGUUUUAGUCCUUAAAGCGCCUAUGGAUGCCAAUAGAACCUUCAAGGUUGAGUUGAAGGUUAUGGAGCAUUGA